AUGUAUAUCCAUGUGGUGGUUGUUGGGUGCGCGGUGCUGUGGUUACUGCAUAGGCUUCAUGGAGUGUUGUCUAUGCCCUUGGAUAAGCUCAUCGGGCUACUGAACAUUGAUAUUCCAAGGGCGCAUAAGGUCUCUGUUGAUUGUAUCACCGAUACUGCUGUGCACAUCCACUGGGACCUGUUUGCGGAUGAGCAGAAAGUGCUGAUGUUUUACGUGUACUUGAACGGUGUGGAGGUGGCGACGAUGUCUGGCUUUGAUUCUCACUGCUGUAUCCAGAACUUGAACCCACGCACGAAGUAUAAGCUGGACCUCAUUGCGGCAAAUCAACGGGGUUAUAAGUCUAAGAGUCGAUCCGUGUAUAUCAUGACCAAGUCUGCGGAGUUACAGCGGAGAGCGGCGGAUGUCUUGUUGGAGAACCCUGAUAACCUGUUUAAGAUGCUGACGGAUAAGAGCGCAAAGGAUCCGAUGGUUCACAAGGUCACGUCCACACCGGCUAGCGAGCAACAGCGGAUCGGAAGAUCGAGAUCGAACACUACGAAUUCGCUUGCGAACGAGACGGGCAGUGUGCUGCCAUCAGCUGCGAGCGCGCUGCUAAUUGAUCCAAAGUCUAUGGAGGACAUUGAAGAGCUCCGGUUCUACUUGGAGUCAGGACAAGAGGAACUACAUGAGAUUUUGAAUCAACAGGCUACGACGUUGCAACAGUUCAAAGACCAGGAGGCUUCAUUGAUUGAGGAAAGACAAACUCUGCGUGAACGUAAAAGGUUGGAAGAUGGUAAUAGGCAGGCGAUCAAGUCUGAAAUAACAAUGCUCGAUGACGCCAGAAGGCUGGCUGAUAUCAAAAAGCAGAAACAGGAAAACUUGUUAAAGGAGAAAAGGCAGCACAUAGCCAAGAUGGAAAAGGAAUUGGUUGAGUGGAACAAGAAAAUUGAACAGUUUGAAGAUGAUUGUUUAAAACUUGAAAAUUCUGAAAAUGUGGUUCACGCAGAAUUGGAAUCCGACAUUGAAACGAAGGAAAGAUGUAUCAAGGAGCUACAAGGUUCAAUUGCGUCGUUAGAAGACACCAUCAAAUCUUUGAUUCAAAGAAAGAAACAGAAAGAAGCGUUGAAGCCACAGUUGGUUAAGGUCUUCAAGACUUUACGUGAACAUACUAACAACACAGGUAUGGUUGAUGCUGAGGGAAUUAAGGCAUUACAGCUUUUGCAAAACUUGGAACCAGCUUAUCAUAUAAAGGUUCAAGAAGAAAUCGACACCGACACAAAGCUUGAAGCGAGAUGGAGAGCUGGCCAACAACGUGAAGUGAGUCAUUGUCAUAAAGUCACUCAAGUGUACGACUCCUUAAAGGCUGAACAUAGAAGUCUUAAGAAUGGAAUCGUACCUGAAGCUAAGUUGAAUUCACCUUUAGGAACACCUCCACCACAAGCACCUGCACUGUUACAUUCUAACAGUAUGUAUAGCACUUAUUCCGGACCGCAAAGCAGCUCAAGCAAUCCACCUUCAACGUUCAUCUACUCGACGAACACCAGCAAUAGUUCCCCUUCGUUGAAGGUGGCACUGCAAACACAGUCAGUUUGGAACAACAACAGCAUUAAUUUGGGAUUUACAAACAGGCUGACGUUGGAUACAGAAACUGGUCAACGCUCAAGCGAGGAAAACUUGGAAUCACCAAGCGUUCAACACUACUUACCUGCUAAUCUCAUUGGUGAAGAAUUUGGUGAAGACUUGCCAGAUUUUGUAUUUGAAGAUUCUUUUGAGGCUGAAACUUCUGUUGGUGACGACAGUUAUAGAAAGAGUGAAGAGCGCUCUCCGCCUCUUGGAGAUGGACCCUUAUUACAAUCCCAGGCAUCUGUCACAUCGCCAUUCAAUCACGAUUUUGCAGCCAACUUGAGCACAAGAUCAAUCUUCCAUAACGACUUUGGUAUUGCGCCGCGUUAUUCCUUGGAGAAUACAACCUCUCCUCCGCACUCCUUCCAAAACGAAUUUAUGUCUCCACAUAGCUCACCUGUCAAUGCUGGUCCAACAGAUCUGUCAUCUCUAUUAUCUGGAGGUAAUCCGGAUAACAUUCAUGUACAGCUUUCUCAAGGAAACCAAGAAACCAAAGCUAGUGUCUUUUCACCAAGAAGGCUGUCAAAUGUAUUUGGUUUCGGUAAGAAAACCACAGACACUGACGAAGCCUCUCAGCAGCAACGCAGUAAUGCACAGUCGCAGAGAAGCAAAUUCUUUUCUAAUGUUUCAACUCUUGAUUCCAAUUUGAAAUCCACAAGAGACUCUGCUGGUUUCUCUGUGGAUAAACCUCUUGACCAUAUUUGGGGAUCAAGAUCUCCAUUUGGAGAUAGUUUACACGCUAGAAAUGUUUCUGUUAACUCCAAUGGUUCAUUAGAGAAGGAUAAUAAGAGUUGGUCAAAGUUUCACAGCCAUGCUCAAUUCUCAAGCUCUAUCGAUCAGAAUAGUUUUUCCCAGGCUCCAUCCUCAUCCCACUCUGUUUCCUCUGAACCUGUCAGUGAAGAUCACGAACUCGGUCCAGCUGUACAUCUAAGCAGUACAAAUAAGUCUACAGCUAUUACGAUGAAGUCUUCGAAGUCAUCCUUGGAUUCAUCUCCGCAGCAGGCAAGUUCCCCGUCUUUCUUCCGCAAGAAGAAAAGUCUCUUCACGUUUGGCCAAAGUGCCAAUGCUCUAUCUCCUACAAAGCAGAACGUGUCGCUAUUCAACGGCACGAAUCCAAGAGGCGAUACAACUGAAGAGUCUGCAGACGACUUGCAUCUGUCUGGUACGUCCUCAACGCUUACCUCAACACCAAAGAAACUGUUUUCCAUGAACCGUAAGGGUUCCACUGUUGCAAGAAGACAAAGUACGUCGAGCCAUGAACAAGACCAUCCAAUCGGCGAAGUCGCCUCAAUUCAAUCCGGAUCCACUGGUAAUUCCAGAUCCAUCGUCAGGAAGCUGACCUUCUUUGGAAAGAACGCCUCUGGUAAUUCCAAUGAACACCCUGGAAAAGACCUCGGUGACAGCACAAUAGAUGAACAAGCAGAGUUAAAGGAGAUGGGUCCAGAGUGA